AUGACCUCCCCCCCCACCAACAACAACAACAGCCUCGACGACAUCUUCGGCUCCUCCCCACCCCACGACGACGCACCAACCCGCACAACCACCACCACAUCGCAGUCCGAACCCUCCGAACUGCCCUCCCUGCGCCGCCAACAUGUAACAGCCGGCUAUCGCGACGGCGUCUCGGCCUCGAAAACCGAACACGUCCAAUCCGGCUUCGACGCGGGCUUCCCCGUCGGCGCCCAGCUGGGCAUGCGCGCGGGGACAAUCCUCGGCAUUCUUGAGGGCGUGAUCCGCGGGUACGAAAGUCGGGCCUCGUCGGCGGUGAUCAAGAAGCCUGGGGCUGUGCGCGGUGGUAGUGGUGGUGGUGGUGGCGCGUCAUCUUCUUCCGCGGAGAGCGAGGAGGCGGUGAAAAGCAGGAUGGAGAAGAGGGAAAAGGUUCUCAAGCUCUAUCAGGCUGCCAUCCGGGAAUUGGAUGUGCAGACUGUAUUCGCCGGUCUAGAUGGGACCACUGAGGAAUUGAAACCGGAGGAGCGACUGCGGGGCCUCGGGGACAAGGCCAUUUCGACCUGGGAGGAGAAAGUGAAAGUCGCGCAUUGGGAGGAGACCAUGGACGCGCUUGAGAUGAAAGAUGCGAAGCCACAAGAGGACAAACAGGAACAAAGCUGA